AUGCAUCCUCUUCUUGUAUUUUCUUUUAUUUUACUACUGGUUCCAUGCAAUUCAUACAAAAUGGUCCUUUUUGUCCCAAAUAUGGCCAAUAGUCAAGUUCUUUUCAAUAGUCGAGUAGCUGAAACGCUUGCGAAAGCAGGUCAUGAUGUCACAAUGGUGAUGAUAACUGCAAUGGAUGACUUUGAUUCCAAAGACGUCAAAAUAAUGAAGGAAGUUAAAAACGCAUAA